CUUUUCUCGCUAGCGGAGCUCGCCCUUUGCACUGCUGUGCCUGCAGCCCGCCGGGUCACCGAGCCUCUGCAGGGCCGCGUCGGGCUGGGCCCGUUUCAUUGCAGACCCCUGGUUGCAGUGCCACAGUCUUAAAUGUGCUCCCUGGGAGCUGAUCCAAAGCUGCCAGGCACGCUUGGCUGACCCUGCCCUGUGCCAGUCCCUGUGAUAAUCCUCCCUUUUUUCUCCCCAGUCAUACCAAUCCUUUCCCCGAAGACACAACAGUUGCUUUAUGGAUUACAGCACAGCAGAGACACUGUAAGAGAUGCAAUUAGUCUGGCACAACCCCCUCCAGAGAACUAACGUGGCCCUUUGAUUCCAUUUACUUCGCAUCAUUCUUUCUCUUAGAAACACAGUCCAAAGCUGGCAUGGGCCAGCAGGCAAGGGGUUACCCAGACCCAUUUACGUUCUCUGGUAACGGGCAGUUUGAAAAGGCUUUUGUUUGCAGUGUAUGCCUCACCCAAAUGGUGCCGAAGAGCCUUGCUCCCCCCAGCCAUGGAUCCUGCAUGCAGCCUGGCAUAGCCCGGCACUGGCCCCUAUCCCAUCCCUGAUGUAUGCUUGCCGCUCAUCACAGUGGCUUCAGGGCAGCCCCAGGAGCAAGACCCGAAGUAAGCUCCACUCUCAGGCUGAAAGAGUUGGAGGCAGCUGGCAAAAGAGGGAAGAACCAAGGUCUACAACGUGUCAGGCGAAAGGUUCAAAGAGGUCCCUCUCCAUUCUGGGGAUCCACCUGAUGGCUGGGCGGGUUCCCCAGGGUGCAGACCGGGCAGCAGUGGCAGUGGAGAUGGAAACCACCUUUGUUGAGAAUCUCAGAUAUGCGGCUGACCUCCUGGCCCAGGAAGACAUGACUGGACUGGUGGAGCCUAUUAACAACCGCAUCACUGACCCUCGUUACUAUCUGAACACCCCGCACCAAGCUGCUGCCAUCCUGGAGAAGGUGGGACGGCCCAACCUGAAGCUGCAGCUGGAUCUCUUUCACUGCCAGAUCAUGGAUGGGAAUUUGUCACGCAACCUGGAGACAUUCUUCCCACUCAUUGGUCAUAUCCAGAUUGCACAGGUGCCAGGGCGGCAUGAGCCCGACAGCCCUGGGGAGCUGAACUUCCCCUACAUCUUCCAGCUCCUGGAGUCCCUUGGCUACACUGGCUAUGUGGGGUGCGAGUAUGCUCCAAAAGGAGACACCUUGGAAGGUCUGGGCUGGCUGCGGUCAUACUGGGAGAGUCGAGGGCUGCAGCACUGUGGGACCAGCAAGGCAACAGAGUAAAAGGAAACUGCUGGAAUAAAAGUCAAAGCAAUAGCUUGGCA